UACGUAAAACUACAAAUUCUAAUUUCUAAAGAAAAGGAAUUAUUUUUGAAGAAUCGAGGUGAAAAUAUUUCUGAUGAUACUGAAUUUAACAAUAUUUUGUUUGCAUGACAGAUUCACAUAACAUGAAGACAAUACGCAAAUUGGUUUCUACGUUGGCGUAAAAAUGAAGUUUUUAGUGUUGAUAACUUUCCUUCACGCCGCCAUUAGUGUAGAUGAAAUUUUAAAUGGACAACAGUUAUCAGACAGAUUAAAAGAGAUAAAGAAAGGAGUUGGAGUAGAUCAUAUGCAGGAAGUAUACAAUAACAUAACUUUUAACCCGAAGUCAGACGACGGCAAUGUAUUACUUCAAAAAAUACGAUCAAAUAUAUCUUCGAGUUUGAGCGAACUGAAAAAAAGCUUGGACAUUGUCGCUAAAAAGGUCCGUGAAGAGGAAGCUGCGUUCUCCAAUACAUCGUCUCUGCCUCAAUGUUGUCGGAGCAGUGCUUCCUAUCAAUAUGAUCCAAAGUUCAGAAAGAAGGUAGAUUUUAAUACAGCAUGCGUUGUAAAGUCUUCCUUAGCUGGAAAUGAGGCAUUAUAUCCUCCAGUCCAAAUCGGUGUGACUAUGAAAAACAAAUACGAAAAUAACACAAAUAUUUUAUGGCAACACUACAGUACCAUUGAGGGAACUUCAAUAAUAUACCCCGCAACAAACUGGACCAAUUGUAGAGAUUUUGAUCCCAGAUUGAGGCCUGAAUUCUCCGCAACAGCAUCACCGAGACCUAAAGACAUUGUAAUAGUAAUUGCCUCAACAAAGUCUAUGGAUGCACCAUCGGGUGUUCUAAACAAAGAGAAGCUAACUGUUGCCAAAGAAGCUGCACGUUCAGUCAUAAAUACACUAAAUCCUAAUGAUCGGGUUUCUGCUAUCUCCUUCAAUUCGGACGUCAAGAGUAAAGAUGGUUGCUAUAGUGAUACUUUGGCUUUCGCAACAAAACAAAACAAAAAGACAGUUAAGGAGUUCGUUGGUUUUGAUCCAGAUUCUCAAAUAAAUUAUCAGAAUUUUGAAAAGGCACUAGUGGCGGCUUUUUCAUAUUUUAAAUCUUCAGACAACGACAGUGUCUCAGAAAGAGAUCAGUUAAUUUUAUUCAUUACUGAUGGUAAAAAGACACUCGGCAGGGAUCCAGUGGAAGUCAUUAGAGAUGAAAAUAUGCAACUACAAAAUAGAGUUGUUGUGUUUACCUAUCUUCUUGGUCCAGGGUCAUCAGAUAUUGCAAAGAAUCAGUUACGUGAAAUGGCUCAACAAAUAAAGUCAAAUACGUCAUAUGGAGCUUUUCGGAAUGGACAAUAUUUAUAUUCUGAAAGUCUGAAAACUCUUGUUAUUGACAUGUCCACAUUUUACCUUCAUCUUCGAAAACCUUCAGCUGAUCCUAUAUACACCGUCCCAUAUGUAGAUCCUUUCUCCGAAAUAGGUUUAAUGACGUCGAUGUGUCGACAAGUCAACAUUACCAACGGAUUUAACGGUGUUGCAUGUACAGAUGUUAAAGUUAGUGAACUGUUGAAGGAUGUUGAAUAUUUCGAGGAAGGAAAUUCAUCAUAUGCUUUCAUGAUUGACAGAACAGGUCGGACAAUUGUUCAUCCUUUACUCCCUGAUCCUACUUAUUUGAGAACUGACCCUGUUUUGGUUGACAUCACAACAUUGGAGAGGUCUCCUGGGUCUGGCAGUAUAAUGUCUGAUUUAAAAAGCGGAAUGUCUGGUAAUAAGACUCUACCUUCAGUAUAUUUUACAAUUCCACGUGGUAAUUUGAUAAAUGAUGGAACUAGUAUAAGGAUCGUAAGUGCAACGUUCUUUUGGAGUUCGGUAGAAAAUACAGACUUCUCCAUUUGCAUUGUAUUAGGAAAUGAAAAAUAUUCGGCAAUUUCUGAAUAUAAGUUCCCAAUAAUUACUGGAGACUUGGAGAAAGUGUUCAUGUACCACAACAGAAACCUUUCAGAUGACAGUUACCCUGACUGUAGGUUCAAUGCUAGGAGGGUAACAUUAGAAAGAACCAGCAUUAAGUUUUCACCAUCUGUAUUCCUAAGUCCUUUCCAAUACACGGAUAAAGAUCAAACAGCUGAAGAUGUUUCAAAAUAUAAACGAUAUUUUACCACAGAAUCGGAUGAAAAUCCGGGAUUUAAGAAUUCAGUUAGACCAGAUGUAUGGGCCACAUAUGAACUAGAAAAAUUCUGGAAACGCACCAAAUCGUCGCAUCUUGCAUGGAGAUAUGUAGGAACUAUAUCUGGUGUCAUGCGUGCAUAUCCUGGUGUUUUAUUGGAAAAAACAUAUGAUCACAAAAAACGAGCUUGGUUUAGACAAACCGUUGCACAUCCCGAAACAAUGUUUGUAACACCACCAUAUGAUGACGCUUGGGGGUCUGGAAUAUUGAUUUCCCUAGAACAUACAAUAUACAAAAGAAAUUCAAAACAAGUAACAGCUGUCGUUGGAACAGAUUUCCCACUGCAAUAUUUCAGCUGGUUCAUUGACCAGGUAUACCCAUCUUGUUCCUUGCCAGAGUACAGGUGUAUCAUUAUUGAAGACAGUGGAUUUAUAGUGAUGCACCCAACAUUUAAGGAGAGCUCAAAUAAAACAAAGUUCGAGAAGUUUAAUCAUAUAACAGUUGAGGAACCUAAUCUAGCUGCUGAAUUGGAAAAAGAACUAAUACUGAAUGAACAAGAAUGUCAGGACAUAGCAGAAAAAAAAGAAAGGCGUUCUUUUCGGGUGACUUUGCCAAAUAGAAGUGGACUAGGCUUUGCAGAUACAAAUGACAAGUUUGAAAUAAGACCUAUUCCAGAAACAAAUAUUUUUAUCAUAAGACACAAAAAUCCAUCCUCAUUAUCAACAACUGGUUGUGUUUGUGAUAAAAAUAUAAAACCAAAUUUAAGAACCUGUAAACCAUGCGAAGAUUGUCUCUGUUUUAAUUCCAUAACAUAUCAUUUUUGUUUAAACAUUUACAACAUCCAUUCCAGCAAUCCUUGCAGUGCAUCUGUCCCUGAUACUUCCGGUACGAGUUCACGGGACAACGUUACAGGGUUACAAACGUGUUUUAACCCAAACUGUCAUGAAAAAGACACUAAAACAAAAUGUUUCAGUGAAGCCGAGUGUGGAUGGUGUGAGUUUACCGAUGAAGAAAAUGAAUUGACCCCCAAUUGUUGCAGACUUAAAGAAGAUUGUUCUUUUGGGAAAACAAAAUCCACAAACAGAGACACAUGUGCAGUACCUCAUUCACCUGGGUCAAAAAACAAUCCAUCAGAUUCCUCAUCAACAGACACAACAGCACCGAUUGUCGGUGGAUUAGCUGCAUUAGCUGCUAUAAUAGUUACUUUGGCUUCAAUUGGUGCUGUUUAUUGCAUCAGACGACAUAAACUGUGUGAUGCUCGAUAUAAAGACAGUGAUCCAUACAUUGAUGCAUGCCAUGUGGACGAAGGGACAGGUUCGGGGGAGUUUGAAAACGACGGUAUGUCCUUCUCAGGUAGUAGCGAAUCUUCACACUACAUGACAGCAAAUCCUUAUCAACAUCCAGUACCCGAAAACAACUAUACGGAUACAACAUUUAACCACGUGUGAUCAUACAAUAAGUUGUCUACCUUUGAUAUAGAGGAUUUGUUUUUGUGAUUAUGCGAAGCUAUCACACUCAUGACAUAGAUUAAUACUUUACUUGUAUUUUUGUGAGAAAGAAAGUUGUUCCUAUUUAUUCACUACUCGCGAACAUGACUUUUGAUUACAUUUUUUUUUAACUUUUUUCUUUUUAGUCACUGUUAAUAACGAAUUUUAUACAAUCGAAUCAGUAAACAUGCCCUAUCAGAUGUGUUGUGCUAAUAAACAAAGAAACAUUGAUACUAAAUACACAUACUAGAUAGUAUACUCCAAAAUACAGUUCAUCUUUUUUGUUAGAUAUUCUAUAUAGAACUUUGUUAAGCAGGUUAAGCAAUACAAUCAUUGUGAUGUAGGCUUCUAAAAUAUUAUUUGGAAUGCAUUAUAUUUCGAAAUUGUUAAAUAGACGAAACUAUUUACUCUGAACCAAUGAGUCGUCGAGACCCUGUUGUUUAUGAAAAUAAAUAACAGAAAGGUCGAAAAAAAAAGACAUAAGAGUGUUAUAUUUGAUCAGUUAAUGUUACGCAUAUAGCGAAAGUAAGGCAUUUACUUUAAAGCAUACUGAUGUUAAAUAUUAUAUAGAUGCCAUAAACCUUUUUCCCUGUUAAUCAAAACAUCAAAUAGUUUACACACAUAAAUUACUAUUCUUCAUCCUCACUAUUACCAUAAUCGUAUUUAAAUAGAUUUAGCAGCAGGAUUUUCUUUUUAAGAUUUGUUUUGUUUAGGGUUUUUUCGAGUUUUACAUAGACAAUCAGGAGUUAAUGAUGUGGUAAAACAAAACCAUAUGAAACAAAUUAAAGUGUGUAUUUCUCACCUUUUUGAGUAACUUUCGUAAAGGGCACUACAAACAAAACGUAGAUUGUUGAUGAGGAUACGCAUCCCGACAGCAUUGUAUAUCUGCUUCUAUGUCGCUAAUGACAUUGCUCGAAAAUCAUUCAGAGUCUUGUAUGUAAAGUUAAACUACCAUUCUAAUGCAACAUCGUUUGUAACGUUCAUUUUGACUGGAUAACGUCACCAAUAUUCAUGGCAUCAAUUCACAAAUGAUGGUAUGAAAACGUACGCGCAAGCGCAGACAACGUAUGACAGAUUUUAAAUGCAUGCUUUGACGUUGUUUUCUGUCAGUUUCAUUAGAAUGGAGAUAACAAUAUUAUAUUUUAAGCUCCGACGGCUUCAAUUGGUGAUUUGAUGGUCGCAAAUACCCGUUUACUGGCUCCGCUAACGCGUCGGCAGUAAACUUACAUUGAUGCCGUCAAAGUUUAAAAUAAAAUACAGUUAUCUCCUAAUUGACUUACGUUGUUUUGUUAGCAAUAGCAUGUAACUCAUGUAAUUUGUACCAAUAAAUCUUUUUUAUUAGCAUGAAUAUAUAUCUUGUGCGUGACAUAUUUUGAUAGGGAAAUUUACAUUUAAGUUUAGAAAAUUAGCAUUGCUUUUUCCUAAUGGACAUCGGGUAGCAUUGCUUCUUAUAUUUCCAACAACAUUUUUUAAUUUUAAAACUUAUAACGGUUUGAUCUUUAAAACGUACUGGAUUUAAAGCAUAAUUAUCUCAUUUGAUGUAAUGUAAAAUAUAUUUUUUAAUGUGCCAUGUUAAGUUCAUUUAUACAUUGUAGUUGACAUUAACACUUGAAAUGUAAUAUUUUCAGGAAAAACUUGGUGUUUAUGCAGUUAGUAUUGUCGUUCUUUAGAAUUAUGUCAACAUACAUUCUAGGUUUAAAAUAUGUUAACCGUAUAUUUUAUAAACUGCAUUUUAACAAAACAAUUACAAUCAAUCUAUAGAUUAAUAGCUAUAACAAUAUUUCUGUCGAUAAUGUUAAUUUUAUUUUUAUUACUUUUAUGGACAAUUACGUGUAUGGCAAAAUAAAUCAAUUUAUCCUCCAAUUAGUCACCUAUUGUACAAAUAAGAGGUACACAAAUACAUUUAUGCUUGUAUAAAUAAACUCUCCUGCUACACCGCUUCAAUGUAAUUGUUGAGCAAGUCGUCAUGUGAAUAUUUCUGUUUGUGAAACAGUUCAUUUUGGGUCCCAUUCGCGGUACGCGUUUAAAAUAUGUCGAUUUCUUUAAAAUAAUUGGAGACUUUUUGGAUUUAAACAUCUUAAUCUUCAAGUGGCGGGUGUAAACUGCAUGGUAUAUUUUCGUUUGUACUCGCUACGAAACAAGAGAAAAGCUCGGCCAUCCUCGCUUUGCGUCCUGUUUCAAAAGCUCGUACAAAUAAAUGAUCUAUUUUCUGACAAUGUACAUAUAUUAUAUAUGUAUGUCUGUUUAUUUACUGUCAAUGUGGAAACAUAUACAUCAGUUUACAAGACCUGUCGAAAAAAUAACUUCUCAUGUUUUUAAUUUUUUCAAGUGCAAGCUAUAAUUUACCUCUAGUACAUAAAAAUUCAUAUUCUAAUUUGAUUUAUUUUGAUACAAUGUAUUACAGAGAAGUGUUUUCGGUAGAAAAUAUUCUUUUUUUUUUUUUUUUUUGUGUGUUUGUACAUGUUUUAUAUGUCAGGUUGAAAUACCUCUAUUUCUCCUAUAAUGUCUGGUUGUCGAGAUUGUCUGCUGUGAAUAAAAAUAUUUAUAGUAAACAUACAA